AUGGGGCGGGGAGGGGAAGGAGGGAGGGAAGAAAGGAGAGAAACGGAGGGGGAACAGAAACGCAGCAGACAGACACCUUCCACCCCCCCGAUCCCCCCAGCCGCCCCCCUUGCCCACUCCCGCGGGGCCGGCGGGGCACAGGUCCUGCCCGCGCCGCCCCUCCCCGCAGCGCGGCCCCACCGGCCCGGCCCGGGCAGCCGCAGAGGAAGGGGGUGCGGGGCGGAGAGGCAGCGGCCACCGGCCCGCCCUGACCUCCCGCCGUCCCGCGGGGCCGGCCCGCCCGCUGCCCGCAGAGCCGGCGGCCACGGGCCGGGGCGCGCCAGACCCGGCCCCACUCGCCCGAGGUCGCGCUGUGUCGCCGGCGGGGGCGAAAGGGCCGCGGAAGGGCCCCCGCCCCGGCCGCCCCAGCGAGGAGCCCUCGCCGCCUCUCCCGGCAGGGAAGAAGAAGCCGAGCCCUCUAUCGAGGGCGCUGAAGGGUCGGGGAAGGGAAGGCGCUCGCCUUGCCGAGGCUGCAGACAAAGAAGGCGCCGCGCUCCGCCGCGGCCCCGCUCCCGCCGCGGCUCCGUCCGUCCGUCCGUCCGUCCGUCGCCGCCGCCGCCCGUGUGUCCGGCUGAGCCAUGGAGAGCGUGUAACGCGGGGGGAGAGGGGCUCCGCGCCCACGUGACCGGGCAUGUCACUCACCCGGCCGCCGCCAUCUUGCAGAGGGAGGGGGAGCGCUGCCCCCGGCGCGGGCCCAAGAUGGCGCGGAGCGGCGCGAGGCCGCUCCUCAUAGCCCGGCCCCGCCCGCUCUCCCGCCGGGCAGCGCGCGGGGCGUCGGGAAGAGCCGCUAUUGUCGCUCUCGAUCGGGGGCGCUGCGGCCGGAGCGGGGCCCACGGGAGGCGCAGGCGGGGCGGGAGGGAGCAGACGCCCGCUAGCGGGGCUUUUCCGCUGGGAACGCACUCCGGGAGCGGCGCGGCAGCGGCAGGGCCCGGUGGGGCAGGAGAGGCGCCACCGCCCGGGGCCGCGGCGGCACCAGCAACAGGAUGGCGCUGGGAUGUCACCGCACAGUCCCAUGUUCAGGGAGGGGGAUUGUUACAGCCUCAGCCCGAGAGGCAGAGCGGGCACGGGCUUUUAGAGUACCAACAGUGCCUGCCUUGGCUCUGCACUUUAACUUGGAAGCUCUUUUCCUUCUGAAUGGAAACAGGCUCCAAGACAAUUACUCCCCACAGAAACUGACCUCAAAGAAACAUUGGGAACAGAAACUGACCUCAAAGAAACACUGGGAACCUCAUUACAGAUUCACCAAAGUUAAACUAACGUUCUGGUCGAUCGUUCUUGCCCUUCACCACCAACUCAUUUAUGAACAAAUUUAUUGAAAAAACAACUGCCAGCACACAACAGGGAUUAGACUGCAAGAGUUUAAAAUAAAAUGUGUAACUGUGUUUACAAAGACUGUAUUAACAAUAAUCAGUGAUGCAAAAUAUGGAAAUAAUACACAAUAGUCUUGGAGUUUCCAGUGCAAAACUAUUUGCAACAUGGGUUAAGAAUGAAAUGCAAUGCCUCUAAUGACAACUUGCAACAAAGUUGUAGUUGAGAAAGUCACACUAGAAAGAAGCCAAAACAUUACCACCUUAGAGACAAAGAUAAAAUUAUGUGGUUUCCCAUUUUUUAAUUGCUACCUAUAUUAAGCAUCAGGCACAAUCAGAUCACUGAUUGCUUGUUUAAAAGACUUUUAACCAAACAUUCUGUUGGAGAAAACAUGCCAAGAGUUUCUGUAUGCUUAUGAAGUACGUAUGUUUUUGAUACUGCCUGGCACAUUAAAGAACAUUCUACAGCUGAGAAAAUGGAAGUACCCAGUAACUCGGAGUCCUUUACUUCUGGUACUGGAAGGGACUGUUUGAUCUCCUUCAGACCAUUUUCUCUCAAUUCCUGUUUUCCUCGGUAAAGCCAGGUAAUGCUAUUUCUCACAGGGACAAUGAGACUUAAUUGUUGGGUAUUUGAAGUCAAAUAAGGAGAGGCAAAGUAUUACAAAUACAGAUGCACCAAGGAAAUGUAUGCUCUGUUCCUACUCAGUUAAGUUGUCAUACACAUGAAAACCGAGUUCUGAAAAAGAAACACAAUUUAAAAUUGGGAAAGUUUAAGUGUUUAUUAAAAAGAAAAAGCAAAAGCUAGAUAUUAUAAUACUGUUUUUCCUAUAAAAUAAUCAGAUUUAUUUUAACUAUAUUACAAAAUAUAUUGGUAGUGGAAAAAAUUCUUCCAUAUGUGGAAUAUUAAAGUUUUUACUUAA